AUGUCCAAUGCAAAAGCCCCUUACCAGGCCCUCUCAGAUGACAACCGUGGGCCACUCAUCACUCUUGUCUCUGUUACUCUUCUCAUCGUUACGUUCAUCUUUGUUGCCGCAAAACUGGGAUCAGUGAUAUACUUCAAGCAACGGCGGCCGGCAGUCAAUACUCCCAUCUGGGUGGCUCUAAUACUGUCAAUCGUCCAGGUGGUGCUCAUGCAAAAGUCCAUCCAACAUGGAUUGGGAAGACAUAUACAGACGCUCACGUCGGCCGAGAUACGUCAAUCCAGCAAAUUCUAUUACGCCGCCCAGCUCACCCACAUCAUCAUUCUGUCACUCUCAAAGCUCUCAACCACACUCCUCCUCCGGACCCUAACCCCAAGCAAAGGCAUCCGCCAAAGCUGCACCAUCACUGUCGGCCUCAUAGGCGCCUGGACAGCAUUCGCGUUCUUCGGAAUCGCCUUCCAAUGCCCCCUCCCAGAGCCCUGGCUCUACACGGUCAUCGGCCUCGCAAUCGCCCAUCUAGCCCUCCUGCCCCCGUUCCUCAACUCACCAGAUACAACAUGGACAAUCGUCAACCCAACAAUCUGUGCACAAGCCAUGAUGUGCGUCUCCGUUACCAUCGCCUGUCUGCCAACCCUCUAUCAUAUAUUCGCUGGCUUCCACUCCGGUCUUCUUACGACUCGACUGCCGGAUGAAGUGGAGCUCGGACAUCCUGAUCGAAGUGUCUAUGAUACAGGUCGUAGGACUAAAUGUAGCUUUUAUACGGAUACCGCGCGCUUGAGUAAUAUGACGCCGUCGGUGGUUACGGAUAUUACUUCUUCGCGGAGGAAUCGGGAGAGGGCGAGUGAGAGUACGGAGAGUUUGGAACGUUUGACGCGGGUUUCGACUCGGGAGGGCGUGCUUAGGACGGUGGAUAUUACAGUGGAGGUGCAGGAGCAGGUGAGGAGGUGA